AUGUUCUUAGUACCUCAACCCAACACCACCCCUACCGCCCCCGGGUGUGGUCCUGUCGCCAGCAAACCCACUACCCAGCGAGUUCAGCGCACCGUCUACCCGGUCAAUUCGCUCGAUAUCGAUUUGCCGGCGCUGCUGAAGCUCCACCACUUGAUCUUGGAGCUCCGCCAUCUCUUAGAAGGCCAGGGUCUUUCCAGCGAAGACAUUGACAUCGAUGCCAUUAAAGAGGCCAUGGAGGCCUACACCUCCGACGAAUCGGAGUGGAGCCACAUGGCGUUACACGACCCGCUGAGAAACUACAGCCGCAACGGCGUAGUCAACAUCAACAAUAACGCCAACAUGUUGUUGCUUGUGUGGCUGCCCGGCAAGCUGAGUGCCAUCCACGACCACGCUAAUGCUCAUUGCUGCAUGAAGAUCUUGAAGGGCACGUUACAGGAGCUGUUAUACGACUUGCCUGAGGGGCAAACGGAAAUGGUCCCCAAGAAGCACACGUUGUUGCCCCGCGAUAGCGUCGGCUAUAUCUCCGACGAUAUCGGUCUCCACAAAAUCCUGAACCCUACAAACGAAGUAGCAGUGCUGCUCCACGUGUACACGCCGCCGUACGCGCUGAAGUUCGGGUGUCUGAUGUACGAGGCCAACGGCACCAAGCACCACGUCGACAUGCUGAAGUACUACAGCUGGCAGGGCGAGUUGGUCAACCUGACGGGCCACCUGACGUGUUAA